AUGGAAAAAACUAAAGUGCCUAAACCCAUUAAAAAACUUGAUGAAACAGUUAUAAAUCGAAUCGCAGCUGGAGAGAUUAUUCAACGGCCAUCAAAUGCACUAAAGGAAUUGAUGGAGAAUUCCUUGGAUGCUGGUUCUACCAAUAUACAAAUAACAAUUAAAGAUGGAGGAUUUAAACUUCUUCAAAUUUUGGAUAAUGGACAUGGGAUCAGAUUGGAGGAUAUGAAAAUUGUUUGUGAAAGAUUUACAACGAGCAAACUUAAAAACUUUGAAGAUUUAUCAAAUAUCAGUACAUUUGGGUUUCGUGGUGAGGCUUUAGCAAGUAUAAGUCACGUAGCCCAUGUUACAAUCACUACUAAAACCUUUGAUUCAGAUUGUGCUUACAGAGCAUGUUAUUCUGAUGGUAAACUUGUUUCUUCAAAACCUGGUGCUAACCCAGAACCAAAACCAUGUGCUGGUAAUAUAGGGACCCAGAUCACGGUAGAGGAUCUCUUUUAUAAUGUACCUAUGCGAAAAAAAGCAUUGAAAAAUUCCAGUGAAGAAUAUAAUAGAAUCUUAGAUGUGGUUAAUCGAUACGCUAUUCAUAAAUCAGGAAUUAGUUUUACAUGUAGAAAACAAGGCUCAAAUCAGGCUGAUUUGAGUACACUUCUUUCAUCAACAACUUUAGAUAAUAUACGUCAAAUUUAUGGUGGCACUGCUUCAGAAUUAUUAGAAAUAUCAAAAAAAUUUCGUAACCUUGAAUUUAAAAUCAAUGGAUACAUUUCUAAUGCAAAUUAUAAUCUUAAAAAGAUGGUGUUUUUAUUAUUCAUAAAUGAUAGAGCAGUAGAGAACUCUUCACUGAAAAAAAUCAUUGAAAAUGUUUAUACGACAUUAUUGCCAAAAAAUACUCAUCCAUUUGUGUAUCUAAGCUUGAAAAUAAAUCCUCAAAAUGUUGAUGUGAAUGUUCACCCCACAAAACGUGAGGUUCGUUUUCUAAACGAAGAUGAAGUUAUUGCAAGUAUUGGAGAUGCAAUGCAAGAACGUUUAGCAGGCGCCAAUAGUUCUCGUGUUUUUCUAACUCAGACUUUAUUGCCCGGAUCAAAACCUGUUGAUAUCGAUGCAAAUGAAUCGGAAAACGUAUCUAAAGUUAAAUCAUCAAGAGAAGGCCCUAAUGUAAUAAGAGGCAAUAAACUUGUCAGAACCGAUAGCAGAGUUCAAACAUUAGAUAAUUUUUGUAGUUCUAAUGGGAUUUCAAAUGAGAAUCGUGGAAAAAUCAUAGAAAAUAUCAGUGUGUUAUGUAAUGAUUCUACUGAUAACAGUGAUCAAAACCUAAAUGAGUCUACAAAUGAAGGUCUAUUAAAUUUGAAAAAAAGACGUGAACGAAUUGAAGUGAGACUACAAAGUAUCUUGACUCUUCGUGAACGUCUAAAAGAGGUCGAGCAUAAAGGUCUUACAGAAUUAUUGUCAAAUCAUACAAUGGUUGGAUGUGUUGAUGACUCAUUAUCAUUUGUACUAAUACAACAUCAAUUAAAACUUUAUAUGGUAAAUUAUAAUGUCAUUGGAGAAGAAUUAUUUUAUCAAUUAACUCUUCAAGAGUUUCACAACUUUGGAUUUAUUCAUUUAUCCUCACCUGCUCCAAUAUAUGAACUUGUAUUAUAUGCUUUGGAAAAUGCCAAUACUACAGAAGAAGCACCUGAUGAUUCAUUAAAAUCUAAUGAGGAAAUCUCACAGAUAAUAGUUGAUUUGUUAGUAUCACGGAAACAAAUGUUAUUGGAAUAUUUUUCAAUGACAAUAGAUGAUCAAGGCCAAUUAACAACUUUACCAUUAAUGAUCAAUGGUUAUUCGCCUAAUUUGAAUAAACUUCCAAUAUUUUUAUUACGUCUAGAUGAUGUCCAGAAGAAUGAAGAAGAAAUUAUAACGACUAAAUCUGAUAAUGAAAAGCAGGAAAGUCAAGUAAACAGAGUUGGACAAAAACAAAAGGCCAGUUUUUUAAAGUUUCGUUGGCAAAUUGAAAAUUUGAUUUUUCCGACUUUAAAAGGUGAACAGUUUAUUGCGCCAAAGAGUAUUAUAGAAAAUGGGCAUGUAAUUCAAAUUGCUAAUUUACCCGAUUUAUAUCAUAUAUUUGAAAGAUGUUGA